AUGACGGCGAAAUCACCGAACUCGCGAACACAAGCGGAUAUUUUCGAGGAUUUAGAGUGGAAAGAAGUAUGCUUCUGCAAGAAACUAGAAGAAAUCGCCAACGACAAACUAUUGAAUUCCAAAGAUCACAUCAACUUCGAAUUGAGCGUUUCCAGUUACCUGACUUCUAUACUCAUGUACAGCAAAACGCAGUUUUUACCAUUCCUCCAAUCUCUUCAAGAAUUCGACCAUCAGAAUCUUCUAAAAUGGAUCAUCAAUAACAAAGCAAUGUUUCGUUUGUACGAAGACUUCUUUGAAAUUGAAUCGUAUUUGCUUUGGCUGCACGCGUUCUGUCAGGACGAUUUUCCCAUUAUGGAUAAAUUUUACGUGAAAGUUCCGAACGGUAAAAAAGAAUCUUUCGUGGAAGCUCACUUGAAUUCUCUGCAGUUCUCUAUGAAAGAGUUGAAAGAUGUUUGUGAUUCGAACGACGAUUUCGAACGCGCAAUUUCUGUAAUUGUUAAGAGCAAAAAACGAUUACGGAAUAAAUGCAAUAUACUUUUGGGUGAAAUCAUGGCGCAGGAGAGAAAAAAUAUUCGGAAAUUGGGGGAUUAUAUUAAGGAUUUCAACAGAUUUAGCGAUAAUUUCACUGAAACUAGACGAAAGAAACUAUACGGAAAUGCGCAGGAGAUUCUGGUGAAUCAAAAGCCUUUGCUUGGGGAACUGGAGAUGCAUUUCCAGAACGGCGAUGUUUCCGAAUUUUUCCAAACCUUUUUAAAUUACAAAGACGUUUUCGAUUUGUAUCCUUCGGGCAUGUUUCUAAUAGACGAUAAGGCUCAAGCGUAUCACAGGGAAACUUACAGAUUGGAUUUGUGCAUAGAACCGACGCAAGAGAUGUUGAGAAUGUAUGGGGAGUUUAUGAGGAAAGCUUUGAAAAUGUUUGAUUCGGAGAAGAUUGUUCUGGAAAUCGUUAGGAAAGUGUUGGAGAUGAUCACGAAUUUAUCUUGGUUAAGCAACGAGUAUUUGGCUAUAAAAGCUAUAAAAGAUACGAACAUUGAUCUGGGUGAGCAAGGGCAGCUUCUGAAACGCGGCAUGCUUCAAGUAACAAUUAAACAGCAGCAAAAUGAAUUCGAGGUUUUUCUGUUCGAAAAAUCUAUAGUUUUCACUAAAAGAACGACACAAAGCAACGAUUAUGAAGAUCACGUCUUGACGAUGAACAUGAGAUGCUACAAAUUCCACAACGAAAAGAUCACUUUUUUCGAUAGGUACGAACACAAGGAUCGUCAUUUGGUAACGAUCAAAUCUUCGGAGUCUAACAUCGAGGAUUGGCAUAAUCUGUUGAAAACCGUUUGGAUUAACAUUGAUAAUAGUUAAAGACUUGAAAUGUUUUAGUAAAUUUGAUUAAUUUUAAGUUUUAUGUACAAAAAUUAUGAAAUAAAU